AUGGAGCCGCAUUCUCAGCUGCCGGACGGCGUCAGUAGACAGCUAGGCGUCGUGAUGCUGCAGGACAACGAGUUCUUCCUCUCGUGCGACCCUCACCUGAACAAGUAUGAGGCCAAGGGCGAAGUGACCGAGCCACAAAUCCCUGCAGGUGUAAACGCACAUGGCCCCACAAGGUCUUAUGAGGUGACAGACCAGGUUGAGAACAUACCCAAGGGCAUUUGGGGCUCUACUGUCGUCUCUACAUAUGAGUUCACGAACAUCGAAAACGGCGUGUUCUCACGCGUCAAGAGUCCUCUUGGAGUGCGUAUUGAUACCCUCUGGGAGAUCAAGGAGGCCGAGGGUGGCAAGCUGGACUUGGUCCAGGCUGCAGAAAUCAGUUGCACAAAGCCAUUGAUGUCGCUGGUCAAGGGCCGUUGUGAGGCUGGAUGGGGUAAAAUCCACGCCAAGAUGUUGGAGCGACUCCAGAACGACGCGAAAGCUGCCGCAUGA